AUGCACUUCAACUUCUUAUUACCGGUCAUAACGGCUCUCUCGUUAUUAGGGGCUCUGGUAAACGGCUCGCCCAUCAUGUGUCCAGACUCAAAACGAGAUGCGAUUCUUAGCGGAGCGAUGCCAGCAGAAGAAUGUUGUAGUUACGGCGUUUGCAAGAACACAGUUGUAAUCGCGAUGGGACGUGCGCAGGAGAAAGACAGUUCGGCAAUCCGUUACAACGAAAGGCGGUGA